AGUUUGACGGUGCUGGCAGCGUGAAUGGAUGAAUGAAUUCACAAGGUACUAAUGCUAAAUCAAUGAAUCUAGAAGUAGAACCAAGCCGAGAUCAUGUUGAACUGUAAGAAAGUAUCUGUAUACUCUUUUCUAUUGCAUUCUGAAGCAUGGCAUGUGACGAUUUGAUUUAACGAAUUACAGGUUCUUGUUCAGCACGCGUAAUAAUUAAAGACGGCGCUUGUCUUGUGGCAUCUGAGGAUGAUGCUCUUAGAUGUUGACGAAGUUGGUUAGCGAGAAGUAGCUCCACUGGUCGCUUGAUUAUUAUACCAUACUGCUUUAGAUAGUUGUAUGUUAUGCACUGAAUCUGAAUCAGAAUAUCAAAAGUGCAUGGCGUGUAUUUGUUCUCGUCCUGUUGGCUACGCUUGAGGCCGUUGCUUUCUUUUUGGGGACUUUGUUCCCUUUCGCGUCGGGGCUUGCGAACCACAAGGUAAAGUGAUGCUUCCAGAAGGAGAAAAAGAAUCCUCAUCGCUUCUCGAUGAUGCUCAGGCUGCGACGAGAACAGUGUCUUCCGUCCUCCUGCGAAAUGCCAUGCAGGCAAGACGAAGACUAUUAGACAAUGCAGACAAGACGAAGGUGCUUCUGUCGGACGUGGAUGACAAACAGGACUUGGAAGAGAGAAUGAGGAUAGCUGCUCAAGCUCAAGCAAAUGUUGAUGAUGAUCUCGCAAUUGUUUACGAAAAUAGCUCCCGUGUAGAACUACAAGAACACCAGCAAGUAGAAGAUCAACAACAUGGCGAUGCGAGGAGCAACUUCCACAAUCAGCAAAGGGCUACCUCUGAGGCCUUGUUCGAGAUAAGCAGAAAGUUGAACUACAUUGAGACGCCGACUUCGUUUCCAUCUAGUUUAGUACCUUCAUCCUGUUCAGCUUCUUCCUAUGUUCCUACCACGACAUCUCCACGCUCGCUCUGGCAAAGGCCGGAUCGACCUACAACGUUCACAAGAACAACUCCUGACAGUGGUAGUGGUAGGCCUUCUGGGUUUCUGCUUGGUGGGCUAACGCGUACGACAGACAGAGUCAUGCUGAAGAUGUGGUCGCUUGUUACAGCAGAUCAUCAAAAUGGAAAGAAAGUGCGAAAGACACACAAGGCGCAGGACUCGGAAGGAGAGCGUAUGACUCUUGGCAGAUGUUUCGCUUUUGAGAAACCCUCAUCAAGUAGAAGUACAUCAACAAUAUUGAAGACACGUUGCGAUGCCACCAACGAUCUUCAUACCUCAAUUACAAGCAUACGCACCAGAGGGCGGCGCACAAAACGUCGGCUUAGCUUCUUCUUUUGGUGUGCGACGUGGUUAUCUCUGACCACUGCUUUAUUCUUCUUGGUCAACGUCCUUUUCCUGCUGAGCAGAAAUCAUUUGUGCUUCAGUAGGAGUCUUCUUUCGCAUGUUGUUUUUGGUUCAGAUGCCUUUUCGCUGCAGGACUUUGUGCCUGCGAGCGUACUACCGCUACUGUCGGAUGGAGCUGAUGCAUUGUAUGAGAUCCCUAUCUUUAUAGAGUACUAACUUAUAAAUAGUAGGUUGAUGCACCAGAGAGGAGGACUGCUGUUGACAUGUCGAAAAAAGAUGUACUCAUAGUUACUCAGUAGCAUAUUAGACGUAGACUAUUCAAACUUUUCUAAAGCAAUGCAGAUAUCCACGGAUCAAUCAUCAGCCGAGAGUUGUAGGGUAGAUACUAGUCACAACGUUGCCGUUGGUUUUUUGCGCCUUGAUACAUUAACAAUAGAAGCAUCAACAAAAAAAUAACAUCAUGCUUUUUUACAACUUUCAUGUCAAAUCGAGUGUGCAUGCAGCUACGCAGCACGCACUGUCAUCGAUGUUGCCGCUUGGCGUGGAAGCAUUCAUCAGUGACGAUAACUGCGGACUCUUUACAGAUACGCCAGUAUUUGAAGAUGCUACGGAUUUCUACAAUUGCACGAAGACCUUUCUCGUGGAGAAUAAUUAUGAACUUGGACCUUCGAUUCUAAUGCAUUCUCUUGUCGUCGAUGCUAAAACACUAUGCAUCCACCUUUUCAAUGCUAGAAGAAAUACAUAGCACUAGCAGCCUCAUCAUGAUUAGAAAUAGAUGGUCAGACUUUACUAAUACUACUCUUCCGCUUCUAAUCAAAGGAAAGACUAAGUGCUGCUCGUGACUACGGUCUUGCAGGUGGCUUCAAGGCUGCAAUCCAAAGGCUCUGGUACCUUCGCAGAGAUGACUUGGCUGCGAAGAUAUUCAACCUGGGCAAAGAAAACGGACUUCCAUGGCCAUCGGUAUAACUUUUCACCUAGACCACGUCGCACUUCCUUCGGAGUUUUACUUUUUUGCUAGCAGAUUCGUUCCGCAUCCGCGUAGCCCUUCGCCAUCUAGGCUUACCUCUCGCCGAGAAGAGGGCUCACAGCGCGUGGCAAGCAUCAGCGCCGCACCCCCUUCGCAAGGAGUGCCCAGAAUGGGGCAGCUGUGGCCGUUGGUUCGUUUUCAGCGCCGUUUUUGUCCGCUGAGGCAUGCGCAAAAGAUGUGAACAAGACGCAGGGCGGGGCGUCCUAGAGUAGUUGUCCCUGUGGGUCUUUCUGGUUCUGGUCUUGGUGAUAGGAAGCUUGACAGGCAUAGGGCACGCAAUGCGUUCGGCAAGUGACGGAGGCAAAGAAUAGAGGUCGAGGGCUUGGCCCUUCGCUUUUGUUUUCGUGCUUGUGACAAAAAGAAAGAGAAACGCGGCGAAGGAGUCCACAGGUAGGGACUGCGGCACGCCUUCCAGGAUCGCGGCCGACCCUCGCGCCCCAGCGGCCAGCGCGGUGGGCCUCGUGGUCUCCUCCAGCUCUCUCCCCUAGGGUGGCAAGCCCCGCCGCGUUGUCUGGGGUGCCAGCUCACGGGCGACGGACAUGUGCCAAGGCUGCGGGGUCGGCAAACUAAGCAACCGGCUUGCCUAGCAGUGAAAGUGAAACGAGGGUGAACACACGCCAGCAGCGCAGCCGCCCGAGCAAGUUAGUCCACCCCUGGGUCACAUUCGCCACAGAAUAGAAACGGCGGCGAGGCUUGUCUAGGUAUAAGAUCGCGAGGGGGUGCAUGAUAUUAAGCAGAGCCAACGGCAGUGGUAACUAGUAAAAGGCCGCGGCGUUUUUUGUUCUGCAUUGCGUUCUUUCGGCUGCGUGUUGGUGUUUCGUUGGCAUGCUUUCCAGGCCGCGCGUGACGGUGGAGGCCGCGGACGAAGCCAGCAGACCGGGCGCCUCGCUUUGCUUCGGCAGGUUCAGGAGAAGCGACGGGCGUGGGCAGGUUGUCACCAAAAAUGGCCGCAAGGCGCAAGGGCCGUGGCUAAGGUGUCCAAGCGCUUGCGCCAAGGCGCCAAUACAAAGGCGCUGCGCUUGCGUGUCUUUCUUCCUUGAGCGUCCUCCCACAAAAUCAUCGCUCUGCUUCGAGCAGCAUGAUUAGGAGGCAGGCCGCCUGUGGGCGAAUGAAACAGCGACUGGGACCGCCAAGAAGGGCCACGCCACUGAUUCGCCUUAUUUAGUUAUACUCAUAGGUCUCGCUCUUUUUUGUUUUUUACCGGUGGGGCUUCGCCUUGUUGGGGAAUAUCAGUCGGAGGCGCUGUGCCUUAGUCCGAGCUCCGCCACGGGCGGCGUUUCCGUUUACCUUUCCACCCCCACGGGCCUCGCCCCACCUGUCGAGAAGUUUCCCGGGGUGGCUGCUCUGGUCCCUUCGGCUUUGUCUGCUUGUUUGAAAGCAUUGGCGGCGGGCAUUGGCGGCGGGCGUCCGCCGUCGCUCGGAUCGCGCGCCUCGCUUGUCUUCAUUCUUGUGGUGUGUGUCCCCCGUCUUGCUGACUGAUAAUCAGCCGGGCGCUGUCUGUAGGCCCAUCCUCUGGACUGGCUGCAGUGCCUCUGUCAUAGCAUCUCUCGGUUUGUUCUUUUAGAGCAACCACAACAUCAGAGCCCGCCUCGAGUUGUUGAGCAAGGACAUGGGAUUGGGACGAAGGCCAUCUUAUUUUAUGCACCCAUCUGUGGCUAAGGCUAUACCGAUUAGAGUCGUUAUCUUGUUCUAUCUUUACUUUAGCGAGUAGGAAUAGAAGUAAAUAAAGUAGAUCUGAAUAUUACACGCAACUACAACAGCAUGUAGAAGUUGAGAAAAUCGUAUCACUCCAGGAAAUUUUGCGUGCGUGUCUUUGUCUAGGCUCGUUAAUAUACUUUUUUUGAGUUUGUUGGAGAUUCAUCAUGUGAUGGUGAUAGAUGAUAAAAAUUCCUCCUCAUGACAAUGCUGAACCACUACACCAGGUUUACUGGACACCUACGGUGUUUUUUGAAGAAUCGGAUCAAGGAACGAGCGGCAUCUAUGAUUGUGAGAAGGCUUGGGCUGGAGAUAUCGUGAAUGAAUUUGCGCAAUGGAAUAAAUUUUCUGAGCAGCAGGAAGCGAAGAGGAAGCCUUCAAGUUCAAAUACACCUAGUACAGCACCCUCAUCAUCCUUGUCACCAUCGUUGACGUUGCCACAGAUCUUGCGAGAGAAUUUUUCAGCAGUGAAGAAAGAGUACCUGUCUGUGCCGCGCAGCCUGUUUCAGCCAGCGUUCUCCUACCUGGACCGCGAUGGCUCCUGGGAAGUACUGUGGGUGUAUCGAAAAUCGAAAUGGGAAUCUUAGGACGUGAUCCCUAAUCCAUCUUCCGCGACAUCAUCCUGAAGAGACGUCUCAAGGCUAAAGCAAGUUUCCCAAUUCAAAUUGAGGCUCAGGAGCUACAGGAUGCAUACCUUAAGAUGGAGAUGGAUUACGGCAAGCGCUAAGAAUCUCAACAUUUGUGCGACCGUUACCUUCCGGGACUGUGUGCCCUGUUGAAGCGCGUUCUCCCAAGCCCAGAGGCCACCGAUUAUCCCACUGUGCGAUGCAAACACCUCAAUAUCACUUCGGCGGAUAAAUGUGAUAGAGUUAUGUACAAGAAGUUUCGGGGACAAAUGAGCAUCAUACAUAAUGAUUACCAUGUUACGUAUUAAGAUAGUUAGGUUUCUUUGGAGUUGGAGACAAGCACAAGACAUGUUGAAGACAUCAUGAGAAGAAGGUUUAGGAGGUCGUUCUCCUCGAGACAUCUUUCCAUCAUCAGUACCACAUCAAGAGUUACGACUCGUUCUUCAAGCAGGUAACAUCAAUUUUGAUUUCCUGAAGAAUCAUGUACCAACUCGACAAAGUAAGUAGGAUAAAGCCCUCUAAUCUAGAAGUCCGCCAGCCCACUUCAGACAAGGCAAAACGUCUUUUAGCAGCACGACAAGAGGCAUUAUCGAAUACAGAAGAAGUGCUGUUUCUUCGAAUGCAGGGAAGCGCCAGAACAUCUCCACACUGUGGACGCAGCAACUCGCAAAUUAACCUUCAUCUGACUCUCGAAACGCCUGAAGGUACUACUGUGUUAAGAGUGUGUCUGAUGUUGUAUUUGUAUACCUGUUACUAUUCCUCGUUCCUGUUCGUCUUCGUGGAUAGUUUUUCAACAUGUGAGGUGAUUUAUUGUGAAAAUGUAGAUGAUGUCUUCGCGAAUAGAAGUUGCUGCUCAGAAGUUGUAAUCAAGUAAUUUCACGACUUGUUAGUGUACUUAGUUCAUUCUUAUCGUCUUCGCAAGAAUAGAAAAUUUCAAAACUCCAAAAAUUUCAAAUAUCCAAUAUAAUCUAUCGCAUCAGCGUCUGCUUCUCGCGCGCUGUUGACAGUUGGAGAUGGUCAUAUGGAGCAGACAGGAGGAAGCAUGUUUUGCUUCAAUGAUGGCAUGAAACACACUGCAGAGUUCACCAAUCCAGACGCGCAGGGUGUAAGAACGGUGUUGGUCAUACGUGUCACCAAGUUCGACGCGAAAAAAGCGGCCAUAAGCGCUCCAGAAGCACAAGCUAUAGCUGCUUCUGAUACUUCUUCUUCUUCUUCUUCUUCUUCUUUUUCUUCUUCGGUAGGUGCUAGUGCAGCGAAGCGGACCACUAAGAUGGGAGCUGCUUCAACUAGAAGUAGUGCUGGCGCUGCCUCAGCCUCAGCCUCAGCCUCAGCUUCAGCCUCAGCGUCAUCAUCAUCCAAAAACGGUAAGAAAGCUUCGUCAGCAUCAUCCAAAAACGGGAAGAAAGCGGCAGUGAAAAGCGCUGCAGCUUCAGCUCGGAGAAGCGGUAAGGUGGGCGAACUGUAGUCGUUAUUUAUUCGAAAGCUCAAAAUAACCGAGUUACUAACUGAAAUAAGGGAGGCAGCUUAACAUCAAGGCUAUCCUUCCUUCGCACCAAUAUCUCGGUCAUUCUGAUCAGUUACUUGCUUAUUUCAAUCAGUUUUUCGAAUAUGUUUUUGCAGUAGGACCUUGACCUAGGUUCUUGUUGACCUGUUGUAGAACAUGAGCCAUAUCACCUUCAAUGCAGUAGAUUUUGUAGAAGACAAGCGCGGAUCGAAGGAUCAACAGGACGCAAAAAACGAAGAAAGUCUCGACGUUAUAGCUGGCAUAUAUCACAGUUACGACACCAGAUGAUUUGCCAUGAUAUCAUUUAGCUUGAUUAUUAUGUUCUUGAUUUCAUGUUGUCCAAGCUCUUCACGAUUAUACCGGAAUAGGAUAAUUAAGCACCACCACGGUUUAUUCAAUCAGUACCAGUAGAAUCAGUUUCCGCAUAAGUGUAUAAGAGUCAGUUCUUGCCGUAUACAAAAAAUUGCUUCUAGUUGCGGUAUUUCAAAAAAUACGUGUCUGCUUCAGGAGUGCCAAUAUAUGACAAGAGAAUACUUUGUCUGGGUUUUUGGGGCACAAAAGUUGAGGAUUCGGACAACUACGAAUCCGUCU